GAUGUUGGAGAGCUUCAAAAAAAGAGUCUCCACAAAUCCACCGCUGACACCAAAUCUAUGCUGAUGAGACCACAGAAACGCACAAGUGCCACCGUUUCCUGUUGGAGCUACAUGACCAAGAGCUCAUCUCUGUCACCAACUUGUGCAAUGUGGGAGGUGGGUGUUGCUCAGUCAAACAUGGGCACGUCAGUCUGGUCUCUGUGAUCCAGACCAAGACACCCUGCAGAGCUCCUUCCUCCAUCGCUUCCGCCCUCCCUCAGCUUCCUCUGCCUCCUCCUCCUCCUCGUACCUUGUAAAAGGUGGACGGGCCAAUACUCCACUUACCCGAGCGCCGUCCGAUAGGUGAGGGCGGCGUGGGCUGCGCUGUCAUUGGCUGACUGCUGGUGAGAGUGCGAUGCGGAUUGGAGGAUGUCGGGGGACUGGGAUGAAGACCUGUGUAAGAAGGCGCUGGUGCUGGUGGAAGAGCUGUGCUUCAACUCCCCAAGGGGCUACAGCCAGAGCGAACGCUGCCAGGAGUUCAGCUACCUGCUGAGAGGUCGCAACAGACUGGACACAGAGAUCUCUGUCAGUCUGCUGUCGGUCAUCGUGACAUUCUGCGGCAUCGUCCUCCUCUCCGUCUCCCUCUUCGUCUCUUGGAAGCUCUGCUGGCUGCCAUGGCGGGACAAGGAGGGCGGAGGCCUGAGCCUGACGUCAGGGCUGCUGCCCGGAAGCGCCGGCGUCGGAAGCCUCGGAGGCACCGGGGGGUCGUCGCUCUUGCCGCCUCUGCUGCAGAGGAAGGAGGGACACUCUUCAUCCUCGCUCUACCCCUCCCUGGGCCAGCAGGGCCAGCACCACCCCCACUUCUCUGACCUGGUGGGGCUGGAGAGGGGGGAGGUUGGAGGUGUGGCUGGGGGGCCACAAGAGACCCAGGAGCAUUCCUACCUGGACAUGGACUCCUACCCCAACAACGCAGGAACUCUGAAGCUGAGUCAGACGUCUCCGGAUGUGCCCAACUCAGAGGGUGGAGCCCACCCCCCAAAAGACCUGCCCAACGCUCAUUCCCAGCAGCAGGUCACCCCACGGCCCAAGCCCAUGACUCACCAGCUCUCCAGUCCUGAUUUCCAUGGUGAGGAGAAGGAGCAGGUCACCAGUAUUGGGCAAAUCAAGCCGGAGCUCUACAGACCCAAGGGCGACCAGGGCGAAGGCAAACAGGGCGACACCUGCGGCAAGAUCAGCUUCCUCCUGCGCUACGCCUUUAACACGGAGCAGUUGGUGGUGAAGAUCCUCAAAGCUUUGGACCUGCCAGCGAAGGACGCCAACGGCUUCUCCGACCCGUACGUCAAGAUAUACCUACUGCCAGACAGGAAGAAGAAAUUCCAGACCAAGGUUCACAGAAAGACCUUAAACCCAGUGUUCAAUGAGACAUUUCAGUUCGGCGUGCCGCUGAAUGAGCUACAUUCCAGGAAGCUGCAUUUCUCUGUGUACGACUUCGACCGCUUCUCCAGACACGACCUGAUCGGCCAGGUGGUGGUGGACAACCUGCUGGACUUCAGCGAGGGCAGCGGGGACAAACCCGUCUGGAGGGACAUCGUGGAGGGCACCGCGGAGAAGGCUGAUCUCGGGGAGCUUAAUUUCUCGCUGUGUUACCUGCCCACUGCGGGCAGGCUCACUGCUACAAUCAUCAAGGCCACCAACCUCAAAGCCAUGGACCUGACCGGCUUCUCAGACCCGUACGUGAAGGCCUCGCUGAUAUGCGACGGGCGAAGGCUAAAAAAGCGGAAGACCUCCAUUAAGAAAAACACGCUGAACCCCACGUACAACGAGGCGCUGGUGUUUGACAUUCCCAAUGAAAAUAUAGAAAGUGUUUCCAUCAUCAUCGCAGUGAUGGACUACGACUGUAUUGGUCAUAACGAGGUUAUAGGGAUGUGUCGUGUAGGCAGCGAAGCUGAAGGCCCAGGAAGAGAGCACUGGGCAGCCAUGCUGGCUAAUCCACGCAAACCCAUAGAGCACUGGCAUCAGCUUGUGGAGGAAAAAGCGAUUGGUACAUUUGUGUCGAAGACCACUACAGCGUCCUCCCCUAAGCCUCACAUCGUCGUGGACAGUCCUCACUCCGAUUAAAACUGUCAUUACCAUCUCUCCAGAUCCAGACGUUUCUUUCGCUCCUCUCAUCUGUGAAUAAUUCUCUCCAUCAAAGAAAGAGAGACACGGAGACACUGCUAGUGUCCGACUGCUAGUUGCUGUUUUGCUCCUGCUAAUGAAUCCUCCACGUCCUGUGCCGACUUUACUGAGGCGGAACGAAAAAAAAAAAAAA